GUUGGGGGAAGCCAUUGGACCAGGUCUUUGGCCGUCUUACUUGGUUUGGAGCCCUGGCGGUUGGCUCCGGGUGCCAGCUCCUUUAAUGCUGCGAUUUCAUCUUGCGCUGCUUCAGGCGUAUGGGUUCCAGCGCUGUCUUUGAUGGAGCUCAGGGAAGCGCAAGGGCUGGCAGACAAGUUUGGCUACAGCAGCCUCUUCGAUGCUAUGGCAAAUGCUGCCUCUUCGGGACAGCUGUGGCAGGCAGCUCUUGAACUGCUUCAGGGCACAGCUGCCAGAUCUGUGGAAAUUGAUGCGGCCGUUGACAAUGCCGCCAUCAGUUGCUGCAGUGCCCAAGGCCAAUGGCUUGCGGCCUCGUUGCUCGUGCGGCGCCGGGUGCCGGAUGAGCUGGCACUGAGCUUU